AUGGCGGACACGCCCAACUAUCAAAUCCGAAGUCUUGUUUGGGGCGACGAUGAAGACGGCCAUAAUGCCACGUUCAAGGUUCGUCGCAACGGGACAGUCUUCAGCAUCGAAAUCAGGCCCUCGUACUUCAUCAACUCUCCCGACAAUGUCCAGAAAUUCCUAGAGCUCAUCCAACCGGACGAGAACUUUCACGGUAAUAUCGACACGACCAAGCUCUUUGAUUGGGUCAUGUCUCCGUUCAUGCAGCUUCUUACCGACCUCGCACCCCCCGCGGACGAUCCCAACGAGACAGAGAUAUCCCACCAAGACAGGCUCUCUCCUGAAUGGUACCUUUUUCACUCGUAUUUUAUCAAUGAAAAGCCUGAGCCGCGCCACAUUUUCACAUGCAACGACCGAGUCCCCGGAGGCCGCGCCUUCGCCAACAAAAUGUGGCUCGAUGAACUGGAGCAGUGGACGGUUCUUUAUGAACCAGCUGAUAUUAUUCUAAGCCCGGAAAAUCUACAAGAAUCAAUACACAGACGACCCAGAAGGGUUUUAAUCAAAGAUGGAGCUAUUGUGUGUUUCUACAAGGCCUGCCAUUCAAUUGUCGGCGCCUUGGGGGAGCUGAGCAAUUACCGGGCUAUCGCUGAUUCUGGCCUUUACCAGCAGGGGCUGAACACUUGUCGUGUACAUGGUGUUGUUAUUGACAGUAAAUAUUUCCUUGCCGGGAUUCUUCUAUCCUACAUUGACGGCACGGACCUUCCUCACGCUUUGGGAGCCAUCCAUGAAGAGCCCGACUACCCGUCGCACCAGCUACGGCGAGUCUGGAUGCAGCAGCUCGACGAUGGCCUCGCUGCGCUACACAAGGCCGGAAUUGUUUGGGGCGACGCUACGGCGGAAAAUGUUCUGAUUGACAAGGAUAACAACGCCUGGAUCAUAAACUUUGGAGGUAGAUAUACUGAGGGCUGGGUGGAUGAGGAGUUGUUUGGCACUGUUGAAGGAGACCUCAUGGGUCUAUUCAAGAUUUGGAAGCUUCUGUUCCCUCCGGAAGCUCAUCACGAAAACUCAAUGGCUGAUAUUGCAGAGCCGAGUCACUAA